AAAUGACCAGGGUUCCCCCAGCAUAUUAAUACCCCCCUCAAUGUCCAUCACUUGCAGUCCAACCCCUGCUUCAUUCUGAGGGCUCCGUCCACAAGGGACAGGUAUCACAUAAACCGCCAAGAUGUCUAAAAUAACAAAUUCCCGAAAAACGCACCUGAAGAGCUUGAUGCUCCAGGUGGCUAAAGUCGCACUAGAAAAAGAAGUAGCUGACGCCGCUGCUGAAAAGGAACGUUACCUGGCUGAGAACUGCCCCCCUCUGAGCCUCCCACAUUCCUUGCAGGAUCUGCAGGAAUUUUGCAAAAAGUUACAUGCCAAGAUUGAUGUGGUUGAUGAGGAGAGGUACGACAUGGAAGUCAAAGUCCAGAAGAGCAGCAAGGAGCUGGAAGACUUAAACGUUAAAAUGUUUGACCUGAAAGGUAAAUUCAAGAGGCCAGCACUGAGACGUGUGCGUAUGUCUGCUGAUGCUAUGCUCCGCGCCUUGCUGGGUUCCAAACACAAGGUCAACAUGGAACUCCGUGCCAAUCUCAAGCAGGUCAAGAAAGAGGACACUGACAAGGAGAAGGAUCUCCGUGAUGUGGGUGACUGGCGUAAGAACAUUGAAGAGAAAUCCGGCAUGGAAGGCAGAAAGAAGAUGUUCGAGUCUGAGGCUUAAGCCCAUUUACCAUGACCAUAGUUAUCUUCAACCCUAAGCUGCCAAAGACACCCGCUUCACCAUGUCACAGCGUUUCCCUGGAAAGCCAGGGGUUAACCCCUCUGCUGCUCGGCUUACACAUGUUUACGGCAGCCAAGGGGUUAAUGAAGUCUUACUUCUAACUUCUACUGUCCUCAAUUUAAACCCAAGAGAAUGUCUUACAGAAAGUUUUGGACUGCUGGGGGGGGCUGCAAAGUUCCCCUCUGUUUUAGCCACAGUCUGGUUCUGCAGGUGCUGUGUUAUGUGGACGUGAGAACCAUGUAAAUAAAGCUUGUGACGUCCUUUAUGGUUUGUGAUACCUGAUGCGUAGGUGACGUCACUCUUAUUUUGUCGGGGUCACU